AAAGACAGGAUGGAGCGACAGGGAGUGGACAUGCCCCACGUAGAAUGCAAGGACCAGGAGCUGCAGCCGCUGGGGGAGAGCAAGGAACGGCAGCAGUGCGAGGAGAGCCGCGAAGACGAAGCUGCUCGGGGGUCAGCUAGUGCCAACCGCCAGCUGAUGAUGCUAGAAGGGAAGUCAGGAUCCUACUUUUCCUCUCUGGAGUCAAGCAUCGACAUCCUGAAGAAGAGGGCCCAGGAGCUGAUUGAAAACAUCAACGAGAGCAGACAGAAGGACCACGCACUCAUGACCAACUUCAGGGACAGCCUCAAGAUCAAGGUUUCAGACCUGACAGAAAAGCUAGAGGAGAGGAUGUAUCAGAUUUAUAAUCACCAUAACAAGAUCAUUCAGGACAAGCUCCAAGAGUUCACCCAGAAAAUGACAAAGAUCAGCAAUUUGGAAACAGAGCUCAAACAAGUGUGCCACACCGUGGAGACUGUGUACAAAGACCUGUGCAUCCAGCCUGAGGUAUGACUAAACGCAUGCAUGUGGGUGCCACCUGAGAAGGCUAAGACGAAAGUAAAUGUCAACACAAACCAAGGACGUUAGCACCGCGCCCAGCCCUAAACCCCACAGGAGCCACUAUCACUGCAAAACCCUUGAUGCUCUUGCCACCUCACCUGUGGCCCCUGGCUCCCUCUGAGGCAGUGUGUCUGAGCUGAGAAGCUAGACAGUUGUUAUUUCCCACCACUGUGUGGUCAGCUCUGUGGUGACAGAAAGGACAGUGUCUACAGCCCUAAGCCCUGGUCAGUGCCUAUCCAGGGUUAUUACAGCAGAGCCAAAGACUCUGACACAAGCCACACCACUUAAGGGGGAAAUCCCUACCACAUAUCCAGUCACCUCACAGUCACCACAUUUUUCCUGUGACUGAAAUGACUUUGUGGGUGGUUACAAUUAAAAGUGGCCCACACCUUGGGGUCAGAUAUGCAGACUUUAUUAUUCUCUCUUUCACUCUCAUUCUGCUCCAACAUCCAGCAUAAGGCACUUACCCUCAAGAUGGGAGGGUCAGAGGGCACCAAGUGAACUCUUGGUGUGUGGGGGAUUUGCUCAGUCAGACACCAGAGGUUGCUUCCAUGUCACUCUCCUUCCCUCUUCCUGCUCCCCUGUCAAGAGAAGCUUCUGUUCCAAGAUAAGUGGAAUCCAUCCCCGUCCACGGUUAAAAGUGGGUUGAGAAACUUGGUACAGAGAGUCCCAUCUUUUUAAGGAACACAUUUGAAUGACUUCAAAGGGAAAAUUUUGAUAAUUAAGAAUCAGUGUCUCUCACUUCCCACUAUAAAAAUUGGCUCCAUCUGCCACCUCCCUGAGUAAGCUCAGAGCACAGCGUUUCCCUGGGAAGGAGCUGGAGACCAUCUGGGCUCCCGGGUGAAGUAUGUUCACUUGCUGGCCGUGAACGCCUGGAUCCCUGUGAUUGCCCUUCCAAGGAUCAGAGCAUGAAUGUCAUGAGUACCUGGACGAGAGAAAUGCAGAGUUGGUUUGGAG